CUCCAGUCAGAGGGACUUACUUCCCUUCUCUUUGCACUCACCUCCUCGCAGCCCAACCCCAUCGAUCUUUCUUCUCUUUUUGACUUUGACCCCACUUGGAAGAAGCAGCCAUGUCUCGGCAGUCUGUCUGCAGAAGCUUUGGAGGAGGCAGUAGAAGGGGCUACAGCUCUUGCUCUGCCAUCGGUGGUGGCUUUGGAGGAGGUGGCGGCAGAAGCAGGAGCAGCUACAGCUCCUUCUCUAUGUCCAGGGGAUAUGGAGGUGGUGGACGUUGUGGAGGGUUUGGCAGCAGGAGCCUCCAUAACAUGGGUGGCAGCGGAAGGAUUGCCAUGGGAGGAUGCUACGGUGGCGGAGGCUAUGGAGGCAGAAUGGGCGGCUUCGGUGGAGGCUAUGGAGGAGGACUAGGCAGCUACGGAGGAGGAAUGGGCGGCUUCGGAGGAAUGGGUGGUGGAAUGGGCGGUGGUGGAAUGGGCGGUGGAGGAAUGGGCGGCUUUGGUGGAGGCAUGGGUGGUUAUGGUGGAGGCAUGGGUGGCGGAGGAAUGGGCGGCUUUGGUGGCCCAGGCUUCGGCAUGCACGGCUUCGGUGGCCCUGGCAGAGGUGGCCCCGGCAUCCAGCCGGUGCAGGUCGACUCGAGUCUCCUGCAGCCGGUCCACGUUGAGAUUGACCCCCAGAUCCAGCAGGUCAAAAACCAGGAGAAGGAGCAGAUCAAGACUCUUAACAAUCAGUUUGCUUCCUUCAUUGACAAGGUGCGCUUCCUGGAGCAGCAGAACAAGGUGCUCUCCACCAAGUGGGAGCUGCUGCAGCAGCAAGGGCCCUCUGGGCCAAGGAAGAACCUGGAUGUCCUCUUUGAGAACUACAUCCAGAACCUGAAGAGGCAGCUGGAAUCGAUCCUGGCACAGAGGGGGCAGCUGGAAUCAGAGCUGCAGAACAUGCAGCAGUAUGUUGAGGAUUACAAAACCAAGUAUGAGGAAGAGAUCAACAGGCGCACAGCAGCCGAGAAUGAGUUUGUGGUGCUCAAGAAGGAUGUGGACACUGCCUACAUGACCAAGGUGGAGCUGGAAGCCAAGGUGGGAGCUCUGACCGACGAGAUCAACUUCCUGAGGUGCAUCUACGAGGAGGAGCUGUCUCAGAUGCAGACGAUCAGCCGGGACCUGUCUGUGGUGGUGUCCAUGGACAACAACCGCCACCUGGACCUGGACAGCAUCAUCGAGGAGGUCAGGCGCCAGUACGAGCAGAUCGCUCAGAGCAGCAGAGCAGAAGCUGAGGCUUGGUACCAGAGCCAGUACGAACAGCUGCAGAGCACUGCUGGAAUGCACGGGGACAGCCUGCGCAACACCAAAAUCGAGAUCCAGGAGCUUACCAGGAACAUCCAGAGGCUGAGGGCUGAAAUUGAGAACGUGAAGAAGCAGAACCAGCAGCUGCAGGCAGCUAUUGCUGAGGCCGAGGAGCGUGGUGAGAUGGCUCUGAAGGAUGCCAGGUUGAAACUGGAGGAGCUGGAAAGUGCCCUGAGCAAAGACAAGGAGGAGCUGGCUCGCCUGUUGAAGGAGUACCAGGAGCUGCUGAACAUCAAGAUUGCCCUGGAUGUGGAGAUUGCCAUGUACAGGAAGCUGCUGGAGGGAGAGGAGAACAGGCUUUGCAACGACAGCAUGUCCAACGUGAAUGUCUCUGUGGUAGGCAGGACCACCAUGUCCGGAGGCCGAGGAGGCAUGGGAGGAGGCUUCGGAGGCAGCGGCAUGGGAGGAGGCUUCGGCGGCAGCGGCAUGGGAGGAGGCUUUGGCGGCAGCGGCAUGGGAGGAGGCUUCGGCGGCAGCGGCAUGGGAGGAGGAAUGGGAGGAGGAGUAUGUGGAGUAGGAGGAGGCUUUGGAGGUGGAAGCUCUGGAGGCAGCUGUGGCAUGGGAGGAGGAAUGUACAGCGGAGGCUUCUCUUCUGGAAGUGGAAGGAUGUGCGCGUCUGGAGGUGGCAACUUCAGCUCCGGUGGGGGAUCCUCCUCCGUCCGCAGAUGUGUCACAACCACCUCCGUCAAGUCUUCAGGAGUAAGGUUCUGAGCCCUGAAGGCAGAUCGAGAAACAAAAGAAGCUUCUCCUCCCCUCUCCUGGCAGCAGCCCAGCCUCCUUAAAUCCGACUCCAGUAUCCCGCAAGGAAACGAACUGUGUCCCUCUCGGUCCACCACCUACCCGCUGGGCCUCCGGGCUCCUUCGCAGGAGGGGAGCCUCGUGGCCGUGCCACACUGCUCACUAGCCCCAUGCCCAGCGAUGAAUAACUGAGCAAAGAAAAGUGUCUCGUGUGGAUACCCAGUGCGGAGAGCUGAUUUAAAGGAGGGAAAUGCUCUGCCUUUCUUGCUGCCUUGUACAUUUCUAGCUGCCUUGUGGCAAACGUGUAUAAAAACACUCUCUGUGCCUAUUCCGUCAGGUUGCUUCCUAGAUGGCCGUAUCCCUGGGGUGCUUCUGCAUGCAGUACAUCCUGCUUCCAUUCACUUGUGCUGCGGGGCAUGGCAGGCAGGGGCAAGUGGACUCCUCCCUUGGCAGAGCCGGGGAGCGAGCAGCCUCUCUGCAGGCGACCAGAGGGACAAAUUGUCCCGGGGCGAAGCACCUGGGCAGCUUUAGGUGCCUGGAGUCUCCUGCUAGACGCAGGAGCACUCUCGAGCCGUGGCUUCGGGCUCCACUUGCCCUUGCUCCAUGGUACCUGCUGACACCUCCUGCCCGCGUGGACUCUUUGCAAAGAAAACCAAACUUGCUUUUCUGCGCUAGGCCCGCUGUGACAUGGAACCAGAUGUACUGUGCCCCCUCCUUUCCUUUCUGUGUGUGAUAUGUCCUUGGGAUGUUGCCAUUCUCAAUAAAUUGCAGAGAACAUUCA